CUGAAGACAUUAAAUAAAAAAAGACCAAAUUCAUUCUUUUUUGUUUUCAAUGGCAUUUCUCAGAACACAUUAGCCGGUCUGGUGCUUGUUAAUCCUACGGGACUUCGUCGACAUCGAGCUCAACGCCCUUUCUGUGUGAUCAACUUUGUGCUAUGGUUGUAUUCACUGGGACCAAUAGCUAGGAAAAUUAUGCAUCCCUUAAUUAAAUAUUUUUACAACAAUAUCAUUGGCCUACGAUUAGACACAGGAGAAAGAGCAAUGCUAUGUGUCCGGACGAUGGCUUCACUGGAAUAUGGGAAGGUUCUGCGAGCGCACACAUUGAUAGUAUCAAUCAGAUGCGAAAAUGUAAGAAAUCGCUAUAGUGUCGUCUCAAAGGAGAAGCCACCAUGA